AUGCAUGGUGUGUACAGUCUAAAUGAAUACCAUCGUAGCCGGCACUUGGUGUCUCGCAAUCCAAUCGGCAUCCUCACGGAAGAGGGUGAAUUCCAGCUUUUCCGUCACAGACUUCGUGUGCUGGUACAUCUGGAGGCACCGUAUGUGAUGGCGCGUCCGCUUCGGUCAACUGCACCUACAUACGAUCUAGCAGAGACGUCUGGACCGGAAAGCAGUGCGACGAAACGAAAAGGAGAAAGAGAGGAAAUCAAGGAAAAGGUUGACGAAGAAGAUGGUGAAGCAAAGACGUUGGACAGUGAAGUUAUGGAGAAGAGAAAGAUCAAAGAAAAAGAGAAGCAGAAGAGUCAACAGAGUGGUCGAGAGGGGUGGGAUAGAGAAAGAAGAAGUCCGAGAGGCUGGGAGGAAGUCGUGGCGGGCGUGGCGGAGGCCCAUAGGCAUCAUGGGGGAGAGGCAGAAGUUGGCGACUGCCUUUUCGACUACGGACUACCAUGUAGAGUAAAGGUGGGUGGUUCGUGCUUUUCAUGUUUUCUUGUAUUUAUAUUUAGUAUGUAUGAAUAA